CCAAAAUUGCUCAUUCUUGUAUCGUUUCUUUUUUCCAUUUUUUGCGGUCUCUUUCAUCCGGACGACGACCACCAGGAGAUUGCGUUCCGGUAUGCGGUGGAUAAAAUCAAUUCCGAUCGCACCAUCCUGCCGCGGUCCAAGCUGCUGGCUCAGAUCGAGCGCAUCUCGCCGCAGGACAGUUUUCUGGCAUCGAAGCGAGUUUGUCACUUGCUUCGAGUUGGGGUGGCGGCCAUUUUCGGACCACAGUCAUCCCAUACUGCCAGCCACGUGCAGAGCAUCUGCGACACGAUGGAGAUUCCCCAUCUGGAGACGCGCUGGGACUACCGGCUCAGACGGGAAAGUUGCCUGGUGAAUCUGUACCCUCAUCCGAGCACCCUUUCGAAGGCCUACGUGGACCUGGUGGCGGCCUGGGGCUGGAAAUCGUUCACCAUCAUCUACGAGACGAACGAAGGCCUCGUUCGGAUGCAGGAACUGCUGAAGGCGCACGGACUGGCCGAGUAUCCCAUCACCGUCCGACAGCUGAGCGAUUCCGGCGAUUAUCGCCCGCUACUGAAGCAGAUCAAAAACUCAGCCGAAUCGCACAUCGUGCUCGAUUGUACGACGGAAAAAAUCUACGACGUGCUGAAGCAAGCCCAGCAGAUCGGAAUGAUGAGCGAUUAUCACAGCUAUCUGAUAACAUCGCUGGAUUUACACACCAUUAGUUUGGACGAGUUCAAAUACGGCGGAACGAACAUCACCGCCUUCCGGUUGGUUGACCCGGAAAGUCCGGAAGUGGCUCAGGCCAUCUACAAUUGGACCCUCGGUGAGGCUCGCCUGGGCAAGAAGAUUGACUUCAAAAUGACGGAAAACGUGACCGUUAUUAAGGUGGAAACCGCCCUGAUGUACGACGCCGUCCAUUUGUUCGCGAAAGCACUGCACGAUUUGGACACCAGCCAGCAGAUUGACAUCCACCCGUUAUCCUGUGACGCCCAGGACACGUGGCCCCACGGCUACAGUUUGAUAAAUUAUAUGAAAAUCGUCGAGAUGCGUGGCCUGACGGACGUCAUCAAGUUCGACCACCAGGGCUUCCGGUCGGACUUUGUGCUGGACAUCGUCGAGCUCGGCGGCCAGGGGCUGCGCAAGAGCGGCACCUGGAAUUCGACGUCCGGUGUCAACUUCACGCGCAGCUACGGCGAACAGCAGAAGGAAAUCGUGGAAAUCCUGCAAAACAAAACGCUUAUCCUGACGACCAUCCUAAGCUCGCCGUACUGCAUGCGGAAGGAUUCGGCGGAAAAGCUGACCGGUAACUCGCAGUUCGAGGGCUACGCCAUCGAUUUGAUUCAUGAGAUUUCCAAAAUACUGGGAUUUAACUACACGAUCCGGUUGGCACCGGACGGGCGCUACGGCAGCCACAACAAGGAAACCGGCGAGUGGGACGGCAUGAUCAAGGAGCUGCUGGAGCAGCGGGCGGACCUGGCCAUCGCCGACCUGACCAUCACUUUUGAUCGGGAACAGGUGGUGGACUUUACCAUGCCGUUCAUGAAUCUCGGCAUAUCCGUGCUCUACCGGAAACCGGUAAAGCAGCCGCCGAACCUGUUCUCCUUCCUUUCGCCGCUCUCGCUGGACGUUUGGAUCUACAUGGCAACUGCUUAUCUCGGCGUUUCCGUGCUGCUGUUCAUCCUGGCGCGCUUUACGCCGUACGAGUGGGAAAAUCCUCAUCCAUGCAACUCGGAACCCCCCUUCCUGGAGAAUAGUUUCACCCUGCUGAACUCCCUCUGGUUCACGAUCGGUUCGCUGAUGCAGCAGGGCUGCGACAUUGCUCCCAAGGCCGUCUCAACGCGGAUGGUCGCCGGAAUGUGGUGGUUCUUCACGCUGAUCAUGAUCAGCUCGUACACUGCCAACCUGGCCGCGUUCCUGACGGUCGAACGGAUGGACUCGCCGAUCGAAAGUGCCGAAGAUUUGGCCAAACAAACCAAAAUCAAGUACGGCGCGCUGCGCGGAGGCAGCACCGCUGCCUUCUUCAGGGAUUCGAACUUUUCCACCUACCAGCGGAUGUGGUCAUUUAUGGAAUCGACCCGGCCGUCGGUUUUCACCGCGAGCAACAUCGAGGGCGUGGAACGGGUCGUCAAGGGUAAGGGCAGCUAUGCCUUCCUGAUGGAGUCCACCUCGAUCGAGUACGUGAUCGAACGGAACUGCGAGCUAACCCAGGUCGGCGGAAUGCUCGACUCGAAGGGAUACGGAAUUGCGAUGCCGCCGAAUUCGCCAUUUCGCACUGCCAUUAGUGGAGCUGUUUUGAAGCUGCAGGAGGAAGGCAAGCUUCACAUCCUGAAAACCCGUUGGUGGAAGGAGAAACGGGGUGGUGGCUCCUGUAGGGAUGAAACAUCCAAAUCUAGCUCAACCGCCAACGAACUUGGUCUCGCCAACGUUGGCGGAGUUUUCGUUGUACUGAUGGGAGGAAUGGGCGUCGCCUGUGUGAUCGCUGUAUGCGAGUUUGUGUGGAAAUCGCGGAAAGUAGCCGUCGAAGAGCGGGAGGUUUCGCUCUGUUCGGAGAUGGCCUCCGAGCUGCGUUUUGCGCUUAAACGCAACCGCUCGAAAGGACCAACGACCAACACUCUCAACUCCUCAUCGAUGAGUUCGCGUGCUUCGCCGAAGGACUCGGAACCGUCGUCCGAGCAUCGGUUCCAUCCGCUCGGGCCACCCUACGGCCAGUACGAGUUCGACGCGAAAUCGAUGGUUGGCUGA